AAAAAAACACAAGGAGCUUUAAAAUACGUUUGAUCUUUCCUUUUGCCAUUCUAGUCCUUUACACACACACACACAGGUGAGAGUGAACCGGAGAAGUGGGAGUGGUGCGCGCGCGUUUAACUGGUAGAGCAGCUUUGCAGCGAUCCACAUUCAGCACACUCUCACAUCACAUCCACUCUUCACUGCAGCGUGACGGAGCUCGUAGUGCGGCUGUGUCAGUGCUCCGCAUGGAUAUGAAGAAUAUGAGAGAGUAUGUGGGCUGGCUGUACUAUCAGUACCUGCUCAUCACGGGCAUCUAUGUGCUGGAGCCGUGGGAACAGUCCAUCUUCAACACGGUCCUCUUUACUAUGGUGGCCAUGGUCAUUUACACCUCCUAUGUGUUUGUGCCUAUUCACGUGCGGCUGGCGCUGGAGUUCUUCUCUGAGCUGGUCCGAGGGCAACCGGAGAGCACAGUGGCCCUCAUGAACUAAUGACGAAGGAAAGACGGAUUUAUUGAUCUGCUGUGUGAUUAUUGGCGUGAAAACUCUUGUUUAUUUUCUACUCAGGAACAAACAAAGCCAGGCGAAAUGAGGUGUUGUCAAAAGCCAUGUCCAAGCCCUUCAAGUCUUCCAUGAUUGCCUGGAUUCCUGCCCCGUCGUGGGAUUUUGUAUGCAAAGAUUUGGAUGGAUUCCCACGGGAGGUUUUGCACGAUAUCACUUAUCACAUGUGGACACUACUUUGCAAUUAACGUCCUCGUCAUCACUGAAAUCAUGAUUCGGAGUCCAUGAUCAGACUGAGAUAUUAUUUGCCCCAGCGCAAAUUAAAAGUCGUUUUUUAUUAUUGCAUACUGAAUUUUUAUAUUCUGGGAUUUUUGUAAUCACCUAUGCAAUGUGACUGCCCUACAUGUUUAUUUUUGAAUACAGAUUGCUGCACUUGAUCGCAAAUCAGUAGGCUGUCAACGGACCAUUUUAAACGGUUGAUUCUGGUGGUGGUGGGAUUGUCUUCCAUCAUUUCUUUAGUCACUGCUGCUGAUAUGGAAUUGCAUGCACACAAAUGUUCGCAUGGAAUCUGUGCCCUGCAUAUCUGGAACAAGCGUCAUUCACAAAUUUAUAAGUACUUGAACAUGUAUUUAUUAAAUAUCUAUUGUUGUUAAUGUUGCAGCCUCUAAAAGAACGUAGUUCUCACAGCUCAGCUGAUCACAGGUUUAAAUCAAUUCCACACAUUUUGGAUUUCCUUUGGGCUUAUGGAAUUAUUAAUGGAGUUACCAAAAUUAUUUUUUUCUUAAUUUGUGUCUGGUUGUCUGGUAUGGCCACAUGCUUUAAAUUAUGUUUCUGUACUUUUAACUGUCCGUGCGAUGUGAUGUCAAAACUCGUCUCCUGGAAUAACAACACAAUGGCAAGUAAUGUAGAGUCACACUUUUCAUAUGUGUAUAAUAGUGUAUUUUUCAUAAAUAAAUUU